ACCCUCCACUCUGCCCUCCCGUCCCUCCUAGACACCAACCCCUUCGCUGCAGGAGUGUGCGAGGGAGAGGAGAAGGAGGGUGGAGGAGGGGAAGGCGAGGGAGAUCUCCCUCGAUUCCCAGCUGGAGUAGAGAAGGUGGUGGACAUUUUCCGGGCUGCCCUGGAUCUGGGCCGGGCCUCCCAGCUCCACCCUGACCUGAUGUCCCAGAUGUUCGGCUAUGCGUUCUUCUUCUGCGACUCCUCCUUGCUCAACGCUCUGAUGGAACGAGGAGAACGGUCUCCCUUCUACCAGUGGACCAGGGCCGUGCAGAUAAGGACCAACCUGGACCUGGUCCUGGACUGGCUGCAAGAGGUGGCGCUGGGAGACAUUGCGGCUUUGUACUUCAGAAAGUUCUCAGCUGCUGUAAACCUUCUCUGCAUUCCCAAGACCAAUCUCCUGAAGAUGAGUUGGACCAAUGUCCAUACACAAAGGGCCAUUCAGCCAUAA